CCGAAACUGAGGCACGGCUGCUGCCUUCUCUCGCAUCCCGCUGCUAUCCGUGUUGCAUUCGCAACAAUGGGCCAGCCGGGCACCAUGUCUGAUGCAAGCCGGGGAACAGCCUGGUCGGCGGUGUCGCGAAUCUCGCCUCGGCCUUUCAAGUCGGCUUCGUUCAAACCUCCCCGCGGCUCGGUCCCGGGCACGAGGGCUGACUUUAGCCUGCUGGGCACUUGCAACAUAAUCACGUCGUGGCACGCAUCGCAGCAUCCAGUUCCCGGGCUGUCGGUCGACCGGUCUCUGUCGUGCCCUGGUCUGCUCGCCUGCCUACGGUCGCGCCAGAUUGUCCCGCGUUCCGUCAUGUACGCUCUGUUCUCGACGUUCCGGUCUGAACGCGGGUGUGAACGACUCCAGUUGCGGUGAGACCGUGUCUUCCCGC